CUCAAAGCAUCGCGAGGUUUGGUCCGUAGGAAGCUGAUAGAGUGAGGUCGGGUUCUGAGAAGAACUAACCGAACUAAGCGGUUUUUAUCUGGGUAAUAAACGGAGAAACAUGGCCUCCUGUCGGCUUCUCUGGCUCGCUGCUGUCUGCUUCCUCAGCUCCGCCUGGGCCGAACAUCGGAAGCUCUCUCCAGAGAACCUGCUGGUCCUCACUGCAGCUACAGAGGAGACGGACGGCUUCAGGCGCUUCAUGAGGACGGCCACACAGUUCAACUACACGGUGAAGGUGCUGGGUCUGGGGCAGGAGUGGAAGGGUGGAGACGUGGCUCGGACGGUGGGAGGAGGUCAGAAGGUCAGGUGGUUGAAGAAGGAGCUGCUGAAACACUCUGAGAAGAAGGAGCUGGUCGUCAUGUUUGUGGACAGCUACGACGUGAUCUUUGCUUCAGGUCCAGAGGAGCUGCUCUCCAAGUUCUCCGAUUUGGGUCACAGAGUGGUCUUCUCAGCAGAGGGGUUCUGCUGGCCCGACCAGCGCCUGGCCACCAAAUACCCUGAGGUGCAUUCUGGGAAGCGUUACCUGAAUUCCGGAGGAUUUAUGGGCUUCGCCCCGGACCUCAGCACCAUCAUCCAGCAGUGGAAGUUCAAAGACAACGAUGACGACCAGCUGUUCUACACCAGGAUCUACCUGGACCAGAACCAGAGAACCAAGUUCAACAUGACUCUGGAUCAUCGCUCCAGAAUCUUCCAGAACCUAAACGGAGCCAUUGAUGAGGUCGUCCUGAAGUUUGAGAGGGCAAAGGUCAGAGUGAGAAACGUCGCCUACGACACGCUUCCUGUCAUCAUCCAUGGCAACGGACCCACCAAGCUGCAGCUCAACUACCUGGGGAACUACGUCCCCACAGCCUGGACCUACGAGCAGGGCUGUGGGACCUGUGAUGAUGACCUGCUGCUCUUCAACGACGUUCCUGAUGAAGAGCUGCCGCUGGUCCAUGUCGCUGUUUUCAUUGAACAUCCAACUCCUUUCAUGGAGGAGUUCCUGGAGAGGCUGACCACUCUGAACUAUCCCAAAACCCGAAUCCGCCUCUUCAUCCACAACAACGUGGUGUACCACGAGCGCCACAUCCAGCAGUUCUGGGAGCGCCACAGGGCUCUGUUCCCGGACACCGUGAUGGUUGGACCUGAGGAGGACCUGCAGGAGGGCAAGGCCAGGACUAUGGCGAUUGAGGCGUGUCAGAAGAACCCAGAGUGCGAUUAUUACUUCAGCAUCGAUUCAGAUGUGGGUCUGACCAAUCCUGACACUCUGACGAUCCUGAUGGAGGAGAACAAGCCCGUGAUUGCCCCCAUGCUGUCCAGACAUGGCAAGCUGUGGAGUAACUUCUGGGGCGCUCUGAGUCCUGAGGGGUUCUACUCCAGAUCUGAGGACUACAUCGAGAUCGUUCAGGGGAAGAGGAUAGGUCUGUGGAACGUGCCUUACAUCACUCAGGUGUACCUGAUCAAAGGCAGCGUCCUGAGGUCCAAACUGUCCCAGGUCAGCCUGUUUGUAGACGAGGAGAUGGACCCGGACAUGGUGUUCUGCAGGAGCAUCAGAGACCAGGGCAUCUUCAUGUUCGUCUCCAACCGAUAUGAAUUCGGCCGCCUCGUGGCGUCCUCCAACUUCAACACAUCCAGACUGCACCCAGAUAUGUGGCAGAUCUUCGACAACCCUGUGGACUGGAGGGAGAAGUACAUCCACCAGAACUACUCCAAGAUCUUUGAGAAAGAAACCAAGGUGGUGGAGCAGCCCUGUCCUGAUGUCUACUGGUUCCCAGCCUUCUCUGAUAAGAUGUGUGACCAGCUGGUGGAGACCAUGGAGGACAACGGCCAGUGGUCCGGAGGAUCCCACAAGGACGAGCGUUUAGCUGGCGGGUACGAAAACGUCCCGACUGUGGACAUUCACAUGAACCAGAUCGGCUUUGAGAAGGAGUGGCUGAAGUUCCUCAAAGACUACAUCGCUCCCGUCACAGAGAAGCUCUACCCUGGAUACUAUCCCAAGGCACACUCCAUUAUGAACUUUGUGGUCCGUUACCGUCCAGAUGAGCAGCCGUCACUGCGACCUCAUCACGAUUCCUCCACCUUCACCAUUAACAUCGCCCUGAACAGAAAGGAUGUCGACUACCAGGGUGGAGGCUGCAGGUUCCUGCGCUACGACUGCAAGGUGGAGUCUCCUCGGAAGGGCUGGUCCUUCAUGCACCCCGGCCGCCUCACUCACUACCACGAGGGUCUGCCCACCACCAAAGGGACCAGAUACAUCAUGGUGUCCUUCGUGGACCCCUGAUCCCGUCAUGGUGUCUGUAUGUUUGGAGGGCGGGAGGUGAACCUGAACGCAUCAGACAAUCAGAAUGGUUUUUUAUCAUUUCAGUGUGUUCACGGUUUUAAAGACCUGAACGCAGCAUCAUCAUCGUCGUUGGCAUUUCAGAAUAAGAGUCACUUUAUUUGGUUUGUUCAGAACUGCAGGCAGAUGAGUCAAAAUAACAAGUCACAUUUCAUGUUCCUGAAGGCAUCACCACUGAGCAUUUCAAAAUAGGAGUAUUUUUUAUGAUUAAAUUUGUGCUCACCUGCUGCUUAACUGAAUCUAUGCAAAAACACACUCUGUGUGUGUGUGGGUGCGUGUGCGCUCUACAGAGGGUGUUUAGAUACAGAUUAGGACUUGAGUUUAUCGCUGCAGCUCCACCUGUCCUGCAGGGGGCGCUCCCAUCACCAUGGUAACUUCAAAUUAGAGCGCCCCCUGCAGGACUCUGUUUCACAGCACUCCAGGAAACCAAUCACAGAGCUCUGCCUUUUAACCAAUCACAGAGUUCCGGGUUUGAACCAAUGACAGAGCUCCGGGUUUGAACCAAUCACAGAGCUCUGCCUUUUAACCAAUCACAGAGCUCCGGGUUUGAACCAAUCACAGAGCUCCGGGUUUGAACCAAUCACAGAGCUCCGGGUUUGAACCAAUCACAGAGCUCUGCCUUUUAACCAAUCACUGAGCUCCGGGUUUGAACCAAUCACAGAGCUCUGCCUUUUAACCAAUCACAGAGCUCCGGGUUUGAACCAAUCACAGAGCUCCGGGUUUGAACCAAUCACAGAGCUCCGGGUUUGAACCAAUCACAGAGCUCUGCCUUUUAACCAAUCACUGAGCUCCGGGUUUGAACCAAUCACAGAGCUCUGCCUUUUAACCAAUCACAGAGCUCUGCCUUUUAACCAAUCACAGAGCUCCGGGUUUGAACCAAUCACAGAGCUCCGGGUUUGAACCAAUCACAGAGCUCCGGGUUUGAACCAAUCACAGAGCUCCGGGUUUGAACCAAUCACAGAGCCUGGAUUUGACCGUGUGCAGCUCUGAAUAGGAAAUGAAAGUUAUUGUUUACACAACAUUGUGAGACGUUUUAGACCUUGAACUGUUACAGGGGAAAACUAGAGGGGUUUUAUAUUUUAUUCUUCCUGCUUUAGUUUGUUUAAAACCUUUAAAGGUUUCACUCUGAUUUCUGACAGAGAGGGAAACCAGUCUGUCCUCCUUGGAAACUGGUUCCUUCUGAGGAGGAAUGGUUCCCAGCUCUCUGGCUUUGUACAAACUGCUCUAAGUUAUUUGUGUCAGAGUGACUGAAUAAAGUUUUCAUAACAAACUGAA